CUCCUUCGGGUAUGUGCGGACCUCCUUCCCGGUGUGCCCUGAGCCUGCGUCUCCGUCUCUCCUGCUUGGCCCCCUUCGGCCUCCCGGUGCCGGGACCGAGCUCCUGCGUGCCCCGCGUUCCGAGAGUCAACAUGGCUGGAGCUGAGGAAGUGGUCCACGGAGGUUGUGACAACCAUUCUCCCUUUGCUGGUGGGAAGUCUGUGCUGUGCUUUGGGCAGAGCCAGUACACAGCUGAAGAGUACCAGGCCAUCCAGAGGGCUCUGAGGCAGAGGCUGGGCCCAGAGUACAUCAGCAGCCGCAUGGCUGGAGGAGGCCAGAAGGUGUGUUACAUUGAAGGUCAUCGGGUGAUUAACCUGGCCAAUGAGAUGUUUGGUUACAAUGGCUGGGCACACUCCAUCACCCAGCAGAAUGUGGAUUUUGUUGACCUCAACAAUGGCAAAUUCUACGUGGGAGUCUGUGCAUUUGUCAGGGUGCAGUUAAAGGAUGGGUCCUAUCAUGAGGACGUGGGUUAUGGAGUUAGUGAGGGCCUCAGGUCAAAGGCUUUGUCACUGGAGAAGGCUAGGAAGGAGGCUGUGACUGACGGGCUGAAGCGGGCACUCAGGAGUUUUGGGAAUGCACUUGGAAACUGCAUUCUGGACAAAGACUACCUGAGGUCACUAAAUAAGCUUCCACGACAGCUCCCUCUUGAAGUGGAUUUAACUAAAACAAAGAGAGAAGAUUUUGAACCAUCUGUGGAACAGGCAAGAUAUAACAGCUGCCGACAGAAUGAAGCACUGGGACCCUCAAAACUACAAGAAGCAACUUCCCCUUGCAGACCAAGCCACCCACAUGAUUCGGACAGUAGGCUGCAGGGGGCUAAGGACUGCAGCAGCUCCUGCAGUCUGGCCGCCACCAGGGAGAGUGAUGCCAUUCACCAGCGGAAGCUCCGGAAGCUCCGGCAGAAGCAGCUGCAGCAGCAGUUCCGCCAGCGGAUGGAGGCUCGCCUGCAGGGCCAGGCACCUGCUGCAGAGGUGGAAGCCGAACCUGAGGCAGUGCUUCCAGCCCCUCCUCCGAAACACAGUACCCCCAUAACUGCUGCUUCAGAACUCCUCAGGGAGAAAGCCAUCUUCCCAGAUAACCCUGAAGACAACCCUGAAAUGUGGGACCUGACUCCAGAUUUAGAAGACAUUAUUAAGCCUUUGUCUAGACCAGAACCACCCCACACUUCUACCACCCGAGCCCUCAACCACCAGGAGGUGAUUCAGGAUGGUGUCCUACACAGCCUUUGCCACCAGAUGCCACCAGAAAAACCUGGAGCUGGGCACCUGCAGACUUGCAGCACUUACCAGCAUGUACUAGGAAACUCUGACUCUCAUAUGAAGAUCCAGGACCUGAAGAAAAGGAAACUGGAUCCAUCCUGAAGCUCAAGUCAUGACUAGAUUCUGUCACAGGAAGUUUGGUCACAAAAUUGUUCCCAAGGCUUUCUUUUGAACUUAUUAGAGUACUAGAGUACUUUAAAGAGGUUGUCAUAUGCUAUGAUGGGAGGAGGCCUUCCAUUGGCUCUGCAAGUUCUCAGUACUAUUCAUUCAGGCUACCUUCUUUUAGUGAUGCAGCCCAUCUAAGCACCAGCUUGAUCAUCACCUUCACUAAAUUACAUGUUAGCUCAUCUCUCCUUUUGUUUUCCACGAAGUGUUAACCAAUCAGGCCAUGGUGGUGGUUCAGGAUCACACAUGGACUCAAGUCAACAGAAGCCUCUAGAGAGAGAGAAGUACCAACACGUACAGUGGGUGCUUUCGCGUCUCUGAUUUAGGUCUUCUCCAUUCUCCAUGCUUACCAUGUCCUGUGGUUGAAUGUGGUUUGUAUACAGCAAGAAGGCCAGCAUGAAUUUUUUUUCAAUUUUAUAUGAUUAAGUUAUAAUAAAGACUACAUCUCAACAGUUGCUGCCUUUAUAGGGUUUCUCUGUGUAACAACAGCCCUCACUGUUUUGGAACUUACUUUGUAGCCCAGACUUACCUUGAACUCACAGAGAUCUCUGGGAUUAAAGGUGUGUGCCACCACCCACCACCCACUUCCCAUUAGUGCAUUUUCAAGCCAUCGAGUAAAUUUGUAUUUAAACAUUGACAGAAUUGUGGAAUUUACAACUGAGAUUACUGGUAGAUAAGCCUUUCAUGGCUGUACUUGGCAAAAGCAAAACUCACAUUGAUGGUGGAAUUCUCAUUAUACUACAUGGAAUUUUAAAGAAUUGUUUUCUUCUGACUGAAACCUUUGAAUGAAAAAAUAUGGGUUAUGGGGGUAGCCACUGCAUAAUUUCUCAUUUAAAGAAAUGGCAACCGGGUGAUGGUGGUGAAUGCCUUUAAUCUCAGCAUUCAGAAGGCAAAGACAAAUCUCUGAGUUCAAGGCCAGCUUCACAGAGAAACCCUGUCUCAAAAAAAUAAAAAAAACCAUGGCAUCUCCCCCAAGCAAGGAAAUGAUCCAAGGAAUAGGGUUUUUUUUUGUUGUUGUUUGUAAUUUUACAUGUGUUUUGCCUGCAUGUACGUGUACAUGCAUUUGUAGUAUCCAUGGAGGAGUUAGAAGAAGUUGUUAGAUUCCCUGAAACUGGAAUUAUUGUUGGGGGUGAGCCGCCAUGUGGGUGCUGGGAAUUGAACUUGGGUUCUCUGCAAAGGCAGUACACACUCUUAACUGCUGAGCUCUCCCUCCAGCCCCAGGAAUAGGUUUUUAAGGAAGCGACUACUCUUAACUAUACCACCCCCAGUAGUUUUCUUUCCCCAAAUGAACAAUGAAUUUGUAAUUUUACUUAAGCUGAAUUUGUGGUUUUGUUGUGCUGAAUCCUUAAAAAAUAUCUUUAAUUACACUAUAUUUAU